UAAAUCUAUAUAGAUUUAUAGAUUAAUGGCAAAGUGCAUACGUGGCGCUAGAGUAGCGAACAUGUCUCUCUGAAGUGGCAGAAAAAAGAAAGAACAUAUGUCUUUUUACGUGGUCUUACUGUAGAAUUUGGUAAAAUGAGUUGGAUUAUUUCGUGUUUAUUCUUAAUUAUAUCAAGUGUCUGUGUUAGAGCAUACUUUAUAACGGUUGAUGCUCAUGCGGAAGAAUGUUUUUUCAAUAAAGUCGACAUUGGCACCAAAAUGGGUCUAACAUUUGAAAUAGCAGAAGGUGGAUUUUUAGAUAUAGAUGUAAAGAUAAUCGGUCCCGACGGUAAAAUCAUUUAUCAGGGAGAACGAGCAAGGAGUGAUAAAUUCACAUUCGCGGCGCAUACUGCGGGAAUUUAUACAUAUUGUUUUAGUAAUGAAAAGAGUACAAUGACUCCGAAGGUUGUGAUGUUUAAUAUGGAUGUAGGUGAAAAUCCUAAGCAGGAAGAAGGUGCUGGCGGUGGAGGUGCAGAGGGUGAUACUAAUCAUGGAAAGUUAGAUGAUAUGAUUAAAGAAUUAAGUACCAGUCUAUGGGGUGUGAAAAACGAACAAGAAUACAUGCAGGUGCGUGACAGAACUCACAGAGCAAUCAAUGAAAGCACAAAUUUCCGAGUCGUUGUAUGGUCGUUCUUUGAAGCCACGGUAUUAUUGCUCAUGACCUUAGGACAAAUUUACUAUUUGAAAAGAUUCUUCGAAGUUCGAAGAGUCGUUUAAUUUAGGUCAUUCCGCAAUAAAAUCAUCCGUUCAUUGUACAUUUUUCUAUGUAACUAAGUUAUGUAAGAUUAUAAAAUAUCAUCCUUUGGAAAAUUGUUUGUAUUUUAUAUCGUAUUUUAUUAUAUAAUAGAUACCCUACACGUAAGACACGCUUGUUUUUUUAUAGAGUAAUAUUCAUGCAUUGUAUUAUAUUUUCGUUUUUGGAAAAAAUCUUGUUUUUAUUUGUUUAAAUAUGUUUUGUAUUAUUGUAAUAUGUUUUAAAAACAAAAAAUAAUGCACAUGUAGAAUGACUAGGGGAAUGGCGAUGGCAGGCGACAAGAAUUUUUGUUCUUAAAUCCAACGUCGAACAUUUUUCUCGGUGCAAUAGCCUUAGGAUAUUCCUGGGUAACUACUCAUUUCACUCGCGAAGCAGGCGUGAGAAUAAAUGAAUCAAAUGAGGAGGGUUGUACAAGUACCCUUCUAGUGUCCUCCCUACGGUACUUAAACCAGAAAAACUCAUUGUGCCCUCCUCCUCAUUAGAUGCCACCUAGCAGUCCCGGCCAAGAUAACAAUACCGUUCGUGUUUUUCUUCAACGAUCUGUAGUUGAGAGAAAAAGAAAAAGAAAAAGGAAACAAAUAGUGUCUACUUAUGCAUAGGGAUUGUUUGUCAUUCUUUUAUGGCGAUACUAAAUAUAUACAUUCAUACAGUGCCGAACAAAAGUAUUGACACAGACUACAUUUUCUUGUAACAUUUUUUAUUGAUUUAUAUAAAAAGUACGAUUGUGUAGUUAAUUCUUUUUUUUGUUAAAUAUAUCUAUAAUGUUCAAAGUUUAAAUAUAUUUUAAGCUACGGAAAGAUUAAAUUGGUGUAGAAUAUAUAAACAAAAUAAAAUAU